GAAACUCUCAAACAUAGAUUAUACACUUAAUAUCUCUCAAACUCUCAAACUGACUCAAACUCUAAGGUUUAAAAUUUAAAACAAGUGUACCUAAUAUUGUUUUAAGUUUGGGAUAGUGUUUGUUGUUAAAAUGAAUCAGUAUCACACGGAACGACGCUUGUGCAUUUGUUACAGCUUACUUGCCGGCCUCCUCACGAUAUCAAUAGUAUGCAUUGCAAUUCCGUAUAAUCACUGGCGUGUGUCUUUGGAUAUGUGUCCUGGGAAUUUCUUGGAGAACAUUAGUUGUGGUUGUAUAUUGAAUGGGGUCUUUACAUCCCAAUCCUUCAAUGGAGGACACAACUCAUACUGUUUAUACGCUAUAUUCGCUCCUAUUCCUGUUAUAGUUUAUGCCAUUGUAAUGGCAUUAUUUCAUAUGUACAGAGUGUGCAUAAAUAAUAUUGGUAAAUAUGAAGAUGAAAAAACAACAGAAAUGGAGGAAAUCGAAGGAAGAUCCAUUGUAGUCACAUCAAGAUCUCAAGUAACAGAUUCAAAUGACUCUGUCAUCUAUUGCUGGAUACCAACAUCAUGUCUGGCUGCCGUUCUCUGUCUAUACAACUUAGUGCAUGCUAUAAUUACAACAGAUGGAUAUUUUAGAACAUGCACACAGUACAGAGGUGCAUUAGUCAGGGAUCUAAGACAGAGUGGAUCUUCAGCAAUAGCUAUACAUUUUCGUCUCAAUUGCCAAGCCAUUUUUGACUUUAUGGAUUACGUACAUAAUGACUCCCAAAAUAGUCGCAGAGGAGAUUACAUAAAUACAGGGGCAUCGUUACAACUGGCUCUAUUCGCAACUUGGGCAUCUGUUGUUUUAUGGAUAGUAAUUGUUGUUUUCACUGCUCUCAGAGCUUACAGAGAGAGGCAUGUGUUAACAUGUUGCGGCAAUUAGAUAAGUAUAGACUUGCACAUUACUGACAUGUUUUCAGUGGCCUUAUGGCAACAUUUUUGUUAGUAUUGCAUCAGAAACAGUAUUGGCAGUUUCUAAGUGAUAUCAGCAGUUAUGCAUUCCGGUUUAAGGGUACAAUAAAACUAUUAAAAAUAUGAAAUCAUAAAAUUGAUAUCAAUUUAACGUACUUAAGUGUUGUGGUAUAUAUGAAUCUAUUACCGUGUAACAGCAAGAUAGCCAACUUAAUAAUAAUAACACAGAUAAAAUUUCAGAGAUUCCUGCCAUGUGGUAUGUUGUAUGAAUCAAGAUUUUUCCAUGAUCGUGCUUCAACCAACAGCCUACAAAGCUUUCCCAAUCCGGCAUUCCAAGUACGGCUUAACGCCCGCAAAUAUAAAUCUUAACGUAACUGUAAGCAAAUAUGGCGGGGCUCGUAGACCCCGCUUAAAUAUAUAUUUUUGAAAAGUAUACAUAUCGUAAAUAACGAUACAGUACAAAUAUAAUUGGUUGUAUUUUUACCUGUUAAGUUUCGUGCCUAGUUCAUAUGGUGUCCGUACUGAGAAUAUUUGUUAUAAUGUGUACUAUUGUGUACAUUGUGUUAACUAUAUUGCGUACUUAUUUAUGAGAUGUCAGGUUCGCAAAAUAUGUUCACUAUAUGGAGGGUAGAAAUAAGGAGCAUCAACUUGUAAAUAGGACAAGUUGAAAAAUUGUCCACCUGUAAAAAUUAAGCUAUUAGCGGCCUUUACACACGCUGUCACACACACUCUAUCGCGCGUUCUUAGGAGCGUAUUACAGGAUUACGCGCGGGAAAUCCUGCACGCUCAUUCGCGCGCGAUUAUAUUUGAGUCGUCUAUUAUCAAAGGUGGCAAUCUGUGCAUUUGGACAAAAAAUUUUUAUUGAUAUGUCAAUUCAGAUUGAUUUGAAUAUAACCGUCUCCUUCAAAGAAUACGGUUCAAAACCUGCAUUAAAUAAAGGUUAAUAGUUAACCUGUUAUUUAUCUAAGAUGUCGUUCCGAAGAGUUUUGUGACUGCCAAUGGAAUACAAAGUCAAUAAUUCGUUUUUCUGAUUUACCAAUCAUUGUCCAAAAGUCAGAUUGCCGGCUUUGAUAAUAGUCGACUCAUUUGUAUGUUUUGCUUACGCUACUCGUUCUUGCGCCCGCGAUUGGUCGUGUUUGUUUUCCUCAGCGGAAUGAGCGGCCGUGUAAAGGCGGGAUAGAUCGCCCGUAUCUGGCACGUGUUGGAGUGUAUGCAAUUCACACAGUUUUACGGAAGAACGCGGGUGUUGCGUUGAAAAAUGGAUAUAAGAUCACGCGUGGCGCAUUAUGUUGGGCAAAAUUUAAUUGCAUAGUACAAUUAAAAAUAACACUUGUUUGAUUGUGACGUUUCAGUUAACAAUUAAUCAAUUGUUAAUUGUUCCUGCAAUUAAACUUUAAUUAAAUUUAAAUAAAGUAAAUAAAAAUAAUAGAAGAUGGAGGAGUAGCCUUUAAGGUACAGGGCAGGGCUGUCACAAGGUUGACUGACGUUCUUACAAAGUCAGCAAGAAGCCGUUGGUUCCAGGCUGCGCUAAAUCGUUAUUCGUGGGAGUUAUUAGGGGAGGCUAGGCCCUAGGGUACGUCGACUCAUAAGUGUUAUGUCCAUUUCAGAUAUUUCUAAAUCCGUAAAAAUCUUAAAAAAGUAUGGGUCUUCUAUACCCAUACUUUUUUACGUACGUAAUGGAAUCAUAGAAUUGAUAAAAUAUUUCAAAAUAUUUUCGUCGAACUGAUGUUGGGUUGGCUUAUUUUUAUCAGAUUUCUUUAUUUUGCUUAAUUUGGAUUUUGGCAAUAUUUUCGCUUUUCUCUUUUUCUCUCUUUCUCUUGGCGUAUGUUUUGUACUCCUCAAUGCAUUUGCUGUCCAUGUUUCCUUUUCAAGUCGCUUAGAAAAUUAGAUGUACAAUUCUUAAACCCUUUAACUUUUGUCAUCAUAUCUUCAGGGUAUUUCUUGCACAGAGCUGUGAUUUUAUUUCCCGAUGAUUCUUCAGGCAGGUGCUUAAAAUAUAUACCGUAAAGUAAAAGAAGCCGCAAUUUCCGCGAUGACUCAGAGGCGGCGACAUCAUCGGCAGUGCUGGUUGAUGGCAAGGGGGAUAAAGGAUCAUAUUUAUAGUAUUUUAAAUCUUUCUUCUUGUUACUAUGGCGCCACCUAUAUUGGCUCCCUUUCAGUGGACACUUUUAAUACACUGAUAUGGUGCUCCUUACUUCUAUCCUCCAUGGUCAACUAGCGUUUGGCAGCCUGCUAUAGAUACUAAACUUAUCCUGCCAGCUAUCAACAUUAUGACUUUGUCAAUAUAUUAUAGACAAGAACUUUUAUUUUAGAUAGUUUUCUUUAAACCUUUUUCGUUACAAAUAUUAUCUAAUAUAGAUCUAAGUAUGUUAAAUAUUAGUACCAUGUAAGCACUGCCAUAAAAGUACCUUAUUUUACAACGAUUUAAAAAAAAUGGCAAAUACAAAUAGACUAUUGAGCACAAUAUAGUUUUUAAGUUAUUGUAAUGGUAUAUCGGCGCAAUUUAGUUAACUAAGAUGGUUAGAGUUAACUGUUUUCUCAAUGUUAAAUUUUAUUUAUUUUAUUUAUUUAUUAGGCACACAAUACACAUCACAAGCUAAAAGAUACAUAACAAACACAAGUACAAAGAAACAAAAUUGGUUAGUUUUGAAAUUGUUGGAUAGUUGUUAUAUAUCCAACGCAAGUGAUGUGGAUGUCUAUGGGCUCCAGUAACCACUUAACACCAGGUGGGCUGUGAGCUCGUCCACCCAUCUAAGCAAUAAAAAAAAAGUGAACAAUUGUUUAUGACGGUAUUCAGGAAAAUUAAUGAACAAGCUAUCCCGCUGUUCUACUAUAAAUAAGUUAUAUUAUACUAGUUAUAAGAGUUACUUUUGUCGCGCAACACUUCCGGCUCGAGCAGUCGGACGAGGCGGAGCUCUGUAUUGUUAUCGUUGUACACUUGAAAUGUAAUAAGUGGAAUUCAUUGGAAAAGUCAGUAUUAAUUACUGUCACAAUGGAAGGCAAUGAUAAUGAUGAAGAGAAUGGCGUCAGCGACGCUGACGUCAUCAUUUUAAAAACACCAUGGAAUCAGUUUAUCCGUCAUAAUAUAUAAUAUUUAAUUAUUACAUUACGUAGAUUAUUGAAAUCAUUGACUGGUAUGCCUAUCUCUACGACUACGCGUCCAUGUGAUAGGCCUUAGAUGAACUAGUCUUUUAUAUUUUAAAACAUGUUUUAUUUUUAUGUAUCAUUCCACCGAUGUAAUAUUUAAAAAAAAAUAGUAAUAAAAAUUGUGACGUCCAUUUUUUAUAAUAAAUAGAUUUAAAUUUUU